UUUUUUUCUUCUAUUAACUUUAUAUCAAAUGUUUUUUCUUUUGUUUUGCCAAUUUCUAUUGCACCAGUUUUUAGUUGAUUGAUGAUUGAAAUGUAUCUUUUUCGUUGAUUUGGUCGAAUUCAAUCAUCUUUGUUUGAUACAUAAUACACACAAUCCGUAUUAUAGAUCCGAUCAACCAUGGCAAUUUGUUGUUAUAAUAUUAUUGUCGGUUGUAGAUAAAUAAAUUAUGUUAUCACAUACAAUCUGAUCGAAAUCUACCUUUAUCUUUUGUUUUUUUGAUGUUCAACUCCGUAUCAUGCUGAAUCGAUUUUUUUUAUUUCGAUUUUCGAUGACUCUCUCUCUCUCUCUCUUUCUUUCACUCUCUUCACUUACAUCAUAGAUCAAUCGAUCGAUGAUAGAUAGAUCCAGGCUAGUAUAUAAGGCAAAAUUGUUCCAGAAACAAUGAUGAAUUUGGAAUCUGUAUUUUUAUCUAAAGAUUCAGUCAAGAUAUAAAAUUCGUUGUAGCCUGGAGAUUGUAAAAUUUUUAAGUCAAAUUGUUUUUAUGUGAUUUUUAUUUAUUUUUCGUUUAUCGGUUAUUAUUUUGUUGUUGUUGUUGUUUGGUUUUGUUUUCCAUAUGUGAUUUGAUACGUUUGUGUUUACAACGAAAAAAAAACCACCACCACGAUAUCAUCCAUCGUUUUUCAGCAUGUUGUUGGAUCAUUGAAAAUCUUUUUCAAUUUAUCAAAAUAAAAAAACAACAUAUUACAAAUUACGAUGAGACUUUAUAUUCUCGCCUUAGGUUUGAUCAACCUAAUAAUCCUUACGGAUUCGUUUAGGAUUGAUUCGAACCAACCAAUUCAACAACAGCCCGUAAUAUCUUCACCGCUAUUGAAACCAGAAUCAUUAUCGGUUGAAGCUAAACUUUCAUCAUCUGUAUCAUCGGAAUCAGUUCAAUCAAUUGUACCAGAAACCGUAGCAGCAGCACCGCCGUCACCAAUUUUAGCACUAAAUGAUGAUCAACAACGAUUUGUCAUCAACAGUGAUAAUGAUUUAGUUGCAGCCGGAUCGAAGAAAAAAUCAGAAAAAUAUAAGAAAAAAGAAGGUAUGAAAAAGAAGAAGAAAAAAGGCAAACAUGAAAAAGAGAAAUGGAAAAAAGGUAAACAUUAUCAUAAGAAAGAAUUCAAGAAAAAGAAGAAGAAAAGUGGAAAGAAAAAAUAUAAAAAAGGUGGACAUGAUUUCAAGAAAUAUGGCAAAGAGAAAAAAGGAAAAAAAGGUGAUGGCUAUAAAAAGAAUAAAAAAUAUGGCUACAAAAAGAAAGGUGGUAAAGGAAAAUCUGGUGGUAAAAAAGGCAUGAAAAAAUACAAAGAUAAAGGUGGCAAAAAGAAAGGUUUCAAAAAAAGUUAUCAUAAAGUAGAAUGGGGCAAUAAGAAGAAAUACCAUGACAAUUGGCGAGACAAGAAAUGGAAGAAGAAUUUCAAAAAAUGGAAAAAGCAUCACGAAUACAAAAAGGGCAAGAAAUACAAGAAGAAGAACGACAAAAAGUGGUUCGAAAAGAAAAAGAAGGGCAAAAAAUACAAGAAAUAUGGCAAAGGUUCACACAAGAAAUAUACAGAGAAAAAAGAUUCAAAGGGUAUGAAAAAGAAAGGUGGAAAAUAUGGAAAGAAGAACAAAAAAGGCAAAAAAUAUGGUGGACACGACGAAAAGAAAUACAAAGAGAAAAAAGCCGAAAAGAAAGGCAAGAAAAAGAAGUAUUAAACAUAAACAUAAUAAUCAAAUUGAUGGUGAUAUUAUCAUUAUUAUUGAUCGAUCAUCAAAUUAUC